AGAAAAAUAAAGGAUUUAUUGCCACUUAGGUUGUUGCGGUAUCUCCAGAAUCUACAGACCAUUAAUGUUAUAGCUUCUGAUCAAAUGGAGGAGAUAAUAUGGUCCGAUUAUGAAGGGGGAGAAGAAGCCCCAGAAAAACUCACUCUACCAAAGUUAAAAACGGUGAUAUUGCACGAGUUAUUCGCAUUGAAGAGCAUCUACAGUGGCUCUACUACUGUCUUGAUCUGUGAUUCCCUCAAAAGGAUUGAAAUUCAAUUGAGCGAAGAAAUAGAGAGUGUUUUUUGGACGGGGUUUAACCCACUUCCAACCCUUGAGCAUCUGCAGCUUGGGAGGUUAGAUAAUCUGAAAUCCAUGUUUGAUGAAGAAGUUCUUGCUUAACCGACCCCUCCCACCAACUUUUUCUCUCUUAAAACAAUUGCUGUGUCUUGUUGCCCUAAAUUAAAGAAAGUAUUCUCAUCUGGAUUGCUGCUUGGCCUCUUCCAAUCUCUAGAGACUAUUCAAGUUAGAGAUUGUGACGAAAUGGAGGAGCUGAUAUCAUCAUCAACCUAUGAAGAAAAAGAAGCCCUAGAAAAAAUCACUCUACCCAAGCUCCAAAGGUUAGAAUUAUCUCUAUUGCUCGAAUUGAAGAGCAUCUGUAGCAGUUUCAGUGUGUUGAUUUCUGAUUCCAUCAAGAUUCUAGACAUUUCCAAGUGCAAGAAGCUGAAGAGGAUUCCUUUGCCUCUUUCCUCGCUUGACAAUGGCCAGCAUUCUUCCCUCAAAGAAAUUUGGGUAGACACAAAAAAACGAUGGGAAUCAUUGGAAUGGGACCAAUCCAAUGCAAAGGUUGACCUUCUACGUUUUGUAAAUUUUCACCGUGACAGAAACAUUGACAUGGAAGGAAGAAAAAGAAGAAGAAAUGUCUGGUGACGACAACGAUGAUGAAGAAAAAGAAGAAGAAGAAGAAAUGUCUGGUGACGACAACGAUGAUGAAGAAAAAGAAGAAGAAGAAGAAAUGUCUGAUGACGACAACAAUGAUGAUGAAGAAAAAGAAGAAUCUUUUAGGAUGGGCUAAGAAGCAAAGGAGUGUAGGCUCUUUGGUGAUUGGGCGGUGCAAAUCAAAGCUGGAGUUGGACUUUGUUGCCACAAGAAAGCUGGAGGAAAUCACAUUUGCUUCCACCUGUUAUUGUUGUUGGGUUUUCAAUUUAAUAUAGAUACACUUGCUGUUUUUUGUUUUUCUUUCUUCUUCUCCUUCCUUUUUUUUUUUUUUUGUUGUGUGUUUAAAUAUGUCAAAUUCUAAGUGGAACUGUUUAUUUCUUAUCUGUGUAAUUUUGUCUUUCAAACCUGUGUAAAGAUCUAUCUUAUUUCCUUUGGUAUUUCUUUUGCUACAUUUGCAUCUUUGCUUUUCUUGUAAUAAGCAUUUUUGGCUGAA